CGUCGUUGUGGUGGUCACGGUUGGUAGAUAGCGAGUGUGCAACAGUAGAAUAGGACUUAUUGAGUAACGCGUCAUAGAAAGUGAGCGAAAGUGAUAGAGUGCCAUGAUAAAUUUGUACGAAUGGACGGUCGUCGAUUCUUUGAUCUUUGAAAGUCCGUAAAAAAAGGUGCGUUCGCGAUAAAGGUGGCGGAGAAAAGUGGAUCGCGAUUGGUGAAUCUUAGACGGCCAUAAUUGUGCGCCAUUCGGUCUCCGGUGCAGAUCCGCGCAGCGAAAGGGCAGAUGCCCUUACGCGGUUCAUGCUCCCAUUGGUGGGUACGCGCUGAUCUAUCCGGAUCGACAUACUUAGCGAGAUCCGGUAGUGUUUGUCGCGGCAGUUUUACGAGCUCACCGAAUUCGCGAAAUCUAAAAACGAAGAGCAGCCAACCGCCCCCCGUGGGAGGCGAGCAUUUUCAUAGUCACCUCGGUAGCCUGUGCGAUCUCUGUCUAACAGCAACAGUAGCAAUCGCAGCGCCGUCAACAACACGGCGACAACGACAACGACGACAGCAGCGCCAUCAGCGCGACCGCCAUCGCAGCGAGAAGAAACAGUAUUCCUUCGAGGAGAGAAAGAAGAAAUGCCUGUAGGUUCGCGAUCGGUGACGCGACCAAAGAUGGAGGCCCUGUCCAGUUUGUAACACGGCAGCCAAGUCUCGUUUAAAACGCACCAACGGGAGCCACGAGCGCUCCUCGAGUCGGCUGCCUAAAGUCGCCUUUUGCCCCCGUGCUACUUUUCUUCGUGAGCCCCGUGAGGCUGGAGGAUGGAGCUACGCGUUGGAAAUAAGUACCGGCUCGGACGGAAAAUCGGGAGCGGCUCAUUCGGCGACAUUUAUCUAGGUACCAAUAUCUCCACCGGCGAGGAAGUCGCCAUCAAGCUAGAAUGUAUAAAAACGCGGCAUCCGCAGUUACACAUAGAAUCAAAGUUCUACAGGAUGAUGCAAGGUGGUGUUGGUAUACCAACUAUAAAAUGGUGUGGCUCAGAAGGUGACUACAAUGUAAUGGUAAUGGAGCUACUUGGUCCAUCCUUGGAGGAUCUAUUUAACUUCUGUUCAAGAAGAUUUUCCUUGAAAACAGUCUUGCUUCUCGCCGAUCAGUUGAUAAGUAGAACGGAUUAUAUACAUAGUCGCAAUUUUAUCCAUCGAGACAUCAAACCAGAUAAUUUCUUGAUGGGCUUGGGAAAGAAGGGAAAUCUCGUAUACAUUAUAGAUUUCGGGUUGGCUAAAAAGUACCGCGAUGGCCGUACUCACAAACACAUACCUUAUCGAGAAAACAAGAACCUAACAGGAACAGCCAGAUACGCAAGCAUUAAUACACAUUUGGGAAUUGAACAAUCACGGCGAGACGACCUCGAAUCCUUAGGGUACGUUCUUAUGUACUUCAACAGAGGUAGCUUACCCUGGCAGGGCUUGAAAGCGGCAACUAAAAGACAAAAGUACGAACGUAUCUCGGAAAAGAAAAUGUCCACACCUGUCGAAGAAUUGUGCAAGGGUUAUCCUGUAGAGUUUGCAUCAUACCUAAGGUAUUGUCGAGGACUACGAUUCGAGGAAAGGCCAGACUAUUCGUACCUACGGCAACUCUUCCGGACGCUGUUCCACGGACAGGGCUUCACCUACGAUUACGUCUUCGACUGGAAUAUGUUGAAAUUCGGUAACGUCAGGCAACAGACGUUGUCCUCGACGCAGCAAACACCGAUGCAGUCGCAACACACGAACGCGGCGCUGCCCUCUGGGACCAAUAACGAUCAAGAACAUCGAUCUAGGCCCUAUACACGGCAGUGUAUGGCAAACAUAUCAAUGGGAACGGUGGGCCCGACCGUCGGCGGAACGACCACGACGACAAAUUUGAGAAGCAUGCGGCAGAAACGCGAGGCGAUGGAAGCACUUCGCGAUCAGGACAAUCAGGACAAGAGCGAUCUUCAAGCAUCAGGUGCGGGUGGCCAAGAACGAAGGGUCAGCAUGAGGUUGCACCGUAGGGAUGCGGCUGCAGGAGAGAUGCAACCGAAGACCAAACAAAAUCGGCAAAGAAGGCCGGACGACGGGUCCCGGACAGUGAAAGUCGUGCACGCGAGAAAAAGCGAUCUCCAGCCGAGAGUGAAGUCACGCGAACCGAUCUCCUUCGAGGCGAACUGGAAGAAACGGCCCAGUAGAAGUGAAGAUCCUUUGCGAUAGACCGAUCGUCCUCCCGGUUUACCUUUCCUACGGUUGUACAAGAGAGAACAUUUUGCAUGUGAUUACCGACCUGUGUCUGUGGGAGAGAGAGAGAGAGAGAGAGAAAAAAUCGGACGAAUAUCGUAGGAAGAGCGAUGAUUUGUAAAGGUAAAGAAAAAUUCCAUAAUGGUAAUCGGUUGUGUUUUUUUCGUAGAGACGCUAAUUACGCUAGGCCCAGUGUGUGUAUCGAUCAGAGGUAGCGUACUGUACAAUUCGUGUACCGUUUUUGUUUUUUUUUUUUCUUUGUUUCAUGAAAUACACCCGAGAAUCGCGAAAUUAAU